CGGAGCUGGGACCCUGUCACGCCCGCCCAGCAUCCCGGGUACACCGCCCGCACCCCGCGCGCUCGCCGCCGCCGCCGCCACCGCCGCCGCCACCACCAGGGCCGCCGCCAAUGAAACUCCUCCCGCUGCUAGUGGGUUUUUCCACUUUGUUGAAUUGUUCCUACACUCAACACUGCACCAAGACACCUUGUCUUCCAAAUGCAAAAUGUGAAAUACGCAAUGGAGCUGAAGCCUGCUAUUGCAACAUGGGCUUUUCAGGAAAUGGUGUCACAAUCUGUGAAGAUGAUAAUGAGUGUGGAAAUUUAACCCAGUCCUGUGGUGAAAAUGCUAAUUGCACUAACACAGAGGGAAGUUAUUAUUGUAUGUGUACACCUGGUUUUAGAUCCAGCAGUAACCAAGACAAGUUUAUCACCAAUGACGGAACAAUCUGCAUAGAUAUAGAUGAGUGCAGUGAACCAGGUGUCUGUGGAGAUCAUGCAGUAUGUGAAAAUGUGAUUGGUGGGUAUAAUUGCUCCUGCAAAGAAGGCUAUCAGUCAUCCACAGGAAAAUCCCAGUUCACACCUAAUGAUGGCACUUACUGCCAAGAGAAUGUUGAUACAAACUGUCAUAUAGAUAAUGCCUGUAUUGCUGCAAAUAUUAAUAAAACUUUAGCAAAAAUUAGAUCCAUAGAUGAACCUGUGGCUUUGCUACAAGAAGUCUAUAGAAAUUCUGUGACAAAUCUUUCACCAACAGAUAUAAUUACAUAUACAGAAAUAUUAGCUGAAGCAUCCUCAAUACUAGGUCACAUGAAUAAUGCUGCCCCAGCCGAGGACACUCUUUCUAAUUCAACUCUUACUGAAUUUGUAAAAACCAUGAAUAAUUUUGUUCAGAGGGAUGCGCUCAUAGUUUGGGACAAGUUAUCUGUGAAUCGUAGGAGAACUCAUCUUACAAAACUGAUGCACACUGCUGAACAAGUUACCUUAAGAGCAUCUCAGAACUUCCAAAAGACUACUCAGUUUGAUACGAAUUCAAGUGAUAUAGCUCUCAAAGCUUUCUUUUUUGAUUCAUAUCACAUGAAACAUACUCAUCCCCAUAUGAAUGUGGACGGAGAUUAUGUAAAGAUAAUCCCAAAGAGAAAAGCUGCAUAUGAUUCCAAUGGCAAUGUUGCAGUUGUAUUUUUAUAUUACAAGAGCAUUGGCCCCUUGCUUUCAUCAUCUGAAAACUUUUUAUUGGAACCACAAAGUUAUCACAAUUCUGAAGAAGAGCAAAAAGUCAUAUCUUCAGUAAUUUCAGUCUCAGUUAGCUCCGAUCCACCCACAUUGUAUGAGCUUGAAAAAGUAACAUUUACCUUAAGCCACAAUAGGAUCACAGAUGAGUAUAAGAGUUUAUGUGCAUUUUGGGACUACUCACCUGAGACUAUGAAUGGCAGCUGGUCUUUGGAGGGCUGUGAGCUGACAUUCUCUAAUGAGACCCACACCUCGUGCCAUUGUAAUCACCUGACACAUUUUGCAAUUUUGAUGUCUUCUGGUCCUUCCAUUGGUAUUAAAGAUUACAAUAUUCUUACAAGGAUCACUCAGCUAGGAAUCAUUAUUUCACUGAUUUGUCUUGCCAUAUGCAUUUUUACCUUCUGGUUCUUCAGUGAAAUUCAAAGCACCAGGACAACAAUUCACAAAAAUCUCUGCUGCAGCCUAUUCCUGGCUGAACUUGUGUUUCUUGUUGGGAUCAAUACAAAUACAAACAAGCUCUUUUGUUCAAUCAUUGCUGGUCUGCUACAUUACUUCUUUUUAGCUGCCUUUGCAUGGAUGUGUAUUGAAGGCAUACACCUCUAUCUCAUUGUUGUUGGAGUCAUCUACAACAAAGGAUUUUUGCACAAGAAUUUCUACAUCUUUGGCUAUCUCAGUCCAGCUGUGGUAGUUGGGUUUUCGGCAGCAUUAGGAUACAGAUAUUAUGGCACCACCAAAGUAUGUUGGCUUAGCACAGAAAAUAAUUUCAUUUGGAGUUUCAUAGGACCAGCUUGUCUAAUCAUUCUUGUUAAUCUCUUGGCUUUUGGAGUUAUCAUAUACAAAGUUUUCCGUCACACUGCAGGAUUGAAACCAGAAGUCAGUUGCUAUGAGAAUAUAAGGUCUUGUGCCAGAGGAGCGCUUGCUCUCCUGUUCCUCCUGGGUACCACCUGGAUCUUCGGGGUGCUCCAUGUCGUGCAUGCCUCCGUGGUGACUGCUUAUCUCUUCACCGUCAGCAAUGCCUUCCAGGGCAUGUUCAUCUUCUUAUUUCUGUGUGUUUUAUCUAGAAAGAUCCAAGAAGAGUAUUAUAGAUUGUUCAAGAAUGUCCCUUGUUGUUUUGGAUGUUUACGGUAAACACAGAGGAUUAUGCAUAUAGCUGCAAAAAUAUUAAAAAUCCAAGCUGUGCAUGACCAAUCUAUAAAAGUCACUCAGUCAAAUUAUCCAGUUAUUAAUUGCUAGAUAAUCAAAUACUUUAAAUUUGCUUUUCUAUUUGCAAUAUAGGAACUGUAGAUAAUGAAAGAUAAAACUAUGUACCAUAUAGCCAUAGCACACUUUCUUACAUGACAUAGUUAGUUAUGUCAAAAAUAGUAUUGCCGAUAUUUGGAAAGUAAUUGGUUUCUCAGGAGCGAUAUCACUGCACCCAAGGAAGAUAUUUUCUUUCUAACUCAGAAAUGUAUCAAUAUCCUGAAGGAAACCACUAGCUUGAUAUUGUUGUGAGUCAUGUUGCCUUUGAAACUAGUCCCCUACCACCUUGAUAAUGAGAGUUACAGAAACAGGAAUGUAACAGAUUGAAGGGGCAGAAAACAAAACUAUAAAAAGAGAAUGGAUGUUACAAUAAUAUAUGUUUUGAAUAAAAUUGUUUUCUUGUCAACUUGAGCAAUUUUUGAGAUAAGAUGAAGAGUUGAAUGAACAUUUUAACAUUUGGUGAAUUGUUCUGAAUUUGAAUAUCUGCUGAAACAACUUUUACCUCAAUUUGCUAUAUCCAUUUUAUUUUCUAAUAUUUUUUAAAAAUUCUGCAAAUUAAAAAAUUAAAAAUAUCUGUUUUAAAGUUGACAUUAGGUUGAGAAAUGCUAUUUCUAUGCUUCCUUUACAAUUUGUGAUUUCAAAAACUUCAUCAAUAAAACAUGAAUGUGCCAAAACUUAAUAUUUAUGCCUAUAAAUGUAAAAUUAGUGUAUAGAGAGCUGAAGUAGUCUAUUCUAUAACAUUAGCACAAUGAGUAUUCUGUUGCAUCGGACUGGUAUUUGAAUACAGUAUAUUUGAAUUCAUUAUUAUUUUAAUUCUAGAAAUUUUAUAGUUCACAUGGCAAUAGUACUUUUUAAUUUACUUUUUUAUAAGAGCAUUGUAAAUAUGAAAGUAUUCAUAAAUUGAAUUACUAUUUUUUCUGUUCAGGAAAGUACACAUUCAAAAUUGUUAUUUAUAACGAAGAAAUCACUGAGCACUGUAGAAGUUUUCAUAGUGGAUCUAAUUUCUGUCAGUGUUCUACUAACAAAAUAUUUCUGCUUAACUGUAUGCCUUCUAUCCUCAAAUCUUCUCAUUAAAAUGUAGAAGCAGUAGUUUUAUUUCAAAACUAUGUAAUUGUGCCAAUACACUAAAUGCUGUGAUUUUAAAUUAAUUUCUCCAGCUGUUAAAAAAAGAAGUCUGUCAAAUCUUGCUCUGACAAAUAAAAUGUUAUCUAAAAUGAA